AUGGAAUCCGAAACAAGUUAUUCUAAGUUGUAUGACAUGAUGUGUGAUGCUAGUACUGAUCUAUUUGAGUCUCCAUUGCCAUCUUUUUGGAGAAAUACAACUAAAAUUUCUUUGGAAGAGGUUCUUCGAGUUAAAAAGAUCGAGCCUUCAAAGCUUGAUAAGUGGUAUAAGUAUAUUUUAGAACUAAAUUACUUUGAAAUAGUGGGGUUAGCAUCAUCUGUAAAUGAAGAUGAGAAUCAGAGUGUUGUUAGAUUAAGUAAGGUUCCUAUGAGUUUUGAGUCACCGCAGCAAUACUUCAGUAUUUUUCAUCCAUUAUUUAUGGAGGAGUUUAAAGAACAAAUGCGUAGUUCCUUUCGGGAGAUACGGUAUGCAUGGGAUACAAUGUAUCACGGCACUCUAUCUAUGGUGAACUGGGAGAAAUCAACUGAAAUGUUUCACUUUGUUGAGUUUGUUCAUAAUGAUGAUAAUGAAUCUACGCCAUUCAAAAACCUUUACAAAAAUGAUCUUGUUUUGCUUACGAAACAGCCGCCCCAUAAUGAUUCCUGUAACGAUGUUCAUAUUAUUGGAAAGGUGGAGGCAUUCGGAAGACAGUACUAUGACGACGAAAAGAGGAGCAUAUGUAAAGUUAAAAUCAGCUUAUGUUUCUGCGAAACAAACUCGCGUUUAAGGCAAGCUAAAGCUGAGAUGCAUAAACCAGAUGUUGAAUGGCAUGCAAGUUGUAUAAUGAACAUUACUCCUCAGCUACGAGGAUUUCUGGCGCUAUCAUCUCUACAGAGUUUUGACUCUUCCAUUCAUUCAGCUAUACUGAAACCUUACGAUGGUUGUAAUAAACUGGACCAUGAGGCAGCUCUCAGCAACAUUCCAGAGCCAUUGCAGAAUGUAAUCAGGGCAUCUUUUAAUGAUAGCCAAUUGCAAGCUAUUGGUGCUUCCAUUGGAUUGCCUAAUUCCAAAGGUUUUCAUUUGUCACUUAUUCAGGGUCCUCCAGGGACUGGGAAGACCCAAACUAUAAUGGGAAUUGUUAGUUGUUUGCUUGCUUCGUCACAAGGACAUGCAGAGAGUACUUCUGAAAAUGAAGAUCGCUUGGAAAUGGAACCGAAUGAGGAUGACAGAAGUUUGUUAAGGACCCGAAGAGUGCUGAUUUGCGCGCAAUCAAAUGCUGCCGUUGAUGAGUUAGUGUCGAGAAUUUGCAGUGCAGGGCUUUAUGGAGAUGAUGGGGAAAUGUACAUGCCAUAUAUCGUAAGGGCCGGUAAAGCAGAAACAACUCAUCCAAAUUCAAUGUGCUUCUUUAUUGACACACUUGUUGAUCAAUGCCUAGCUCAAGAGAUUAUGCAUCUAGGUUUAGCUAAUAACAAUGAAUCAAUCAUAUAUUUCUGUAUGACUCUUCUUCAAAAUAUGAAAGAAUUAGAGGAACAAAUUGAAAAGUAUAAGAUUAAACGUAUUAAAACUAUACCAACUGGGGUUGGCAUCAAAGAAAUGUCAGAUUCCGAUUCAGCGAAGAGAAUUAUUAAAGACAUUAGUGCUGCUCAAGCCCGAAAUGAAGAAGUUGAUAAAAAAAUUAAUGCUCUGAAACAUAUGCUAAGGAGAGCAAUUCUGCAGCAAGCUGACAUAGUGCUGGCGACAUUAAAUGGAUGUGGUGGUGAUGUCGAUAGAUACUGUGAUGUAAUUGAGACGACUGAGAGUAAUAUCCGUUUUGACGCAGUUGUGAUUGAUGAAGCAGCUCAAGCUCUUGAACCUGCUACUUUGAUUCCUAUGCAGCUUUUAAAGAGGGAUGGACCAAAGUGUAUCAUGGUUGGUGAUCCAAAGCAGCUUCCAGCAACAGUCCUUUCCAAAGUUGCAAGCAAAUUUCUAUACGGACGCAGCAUGUUUGAGCGCUUACAAAGGGCUGGUCAUCCUGUUACCCUGCUUACCAAACAGUAUAGGAUGCACCCUGAGAUCAGCCAAUUUCCAUCUUUGAGAUUUUAUAAUGGAAAGCUUCAGAAUGGAGAGAACAUGUCAACUAAAAUAGCACCAUUUCAUGAGAGCGACGGUCUUGGCCCUUAUCUAUUUUUCGAUGUGGUUGAAGGCAAAGAACUUCGUGGCAACAGCUCUGGCGGAUUUUCCCUUUGUAAUGAGCAAGAGGCUCAAGCUGCAGUUGAACAUCUAAUGUUUUUCAAGAAAAGGUAUUGCCAUAUUCUUCACUUCAUAAAGUUUCUUUAUCCUAGGGAGAUGCAGGGACCCAGAACUCGAAAUCUGAAGCAAACAGUCACUAGUACAUAA